CACAUGUUCCGAGACAGAUUUGAAUUACUACUUCCUCGUUUCCUUUGUCUGGAAACAAAUUAUAUUUUCUUCUAAGCAAUGGAUAUCGACAGAUUAAUUAAGAGGAAGAAGCGCGUACAGCGCGAUGGGAGUCUUAAACAAUUGGCUGAGAUCGUGAAGGAACUCGGGGAUGCGUAUUACGAGAUAGGCAAAUACGAAGACGCUUUACAGGAAUAUAAAGAACAACUGGAAACUUGUGACGCUUUGGGGGAUAAAUUAAACGCUGCUGUGUCUCACAGAAUGAUCGGAGAGACGCAUGUAAAUCUCGGCAACUACGAGGAUGCAUUGGACCAUCAAAAUCUUUAUUUGGAAGGGGCCAAAGAGACAGAAAAUUUGUUAGAAGAACAAAGAGCUUACGCGACCUUGGGUAGAACAUAUUUUUGCUGGGCAGAAAGUCUAUCGGAGGAUUCUGAGAAGAGGCCAGAUGCUCUCAGAAGCGCGAAGAAAGCUUAUAUGAAGAGCAUACGUCUUUGCAACGAGCUCGAGAACACUGACAUCGGAUUGAAGGAAUUAACUACGAUGAGAGCAAGAUUGCUGUUGAACUUGGGACUGGUUUUGGAAGCUCAGCAGGAUCACAAGGAAGCGGUAGGCUUGAUGGAGAAAGCCGCGACGAUGUGCGAAUCGCAUAAUCUACGAGAAGAUUUUCAUCGUACGCAAAUCGCGCUUGGCGGGAUUUACGAUCGGAACCGCGAUUACGAUUUGGCAUUGAAACAUUUUGAAAUCGCUGCCGAAAUCGAUAACUUGAACUUGAAGGCGGAAGCACGAAUUUUUCAAGCGGAAUUGUUAUUAAAGAUAGAACGAUGGCAUGAAUCACGGAAAAUGCUAGUGUCGCUUUACGUCACUGACAAUUUGCCGGUAAACUUGAAACAACAAGUGGAAAAACUUCUUAGAAUAGUUGCAACGUUACACGCGACCGAGGAGGCUUUGAGUGAGGAAGAGAGUACCGAUGGUAGACUGAAAUUGUACGAAACGUUGGGAGACGCAGCGGUGGCAGCGCGCUGCUUCGAAAAGGCUAUUGAAUAUUAUAAAAAGAUGUUGGCUUGUGCGGAGGAAAUAAAAAGCGAUCGCACGGGCGCGGCUCUGUUAAGUUUGGCACAAACGCUGAAAGACGUUGGACGAUACCACGAGGCGUUAGACUUCGCCGGGAGAGAAUUGAAACUGUGCGUAGACCCACGCGAGAUAUGCAGAUCAGCUUUGUAUUUGGCAGAUCUGAUGAUAAUUACUGAAGCUACCGAGGAGAAUAUUCAACACACGUAUGCUCUGGCAUACACGAACGCAGAAGCUUGUAACGAUGUUACCUUGCAAAUAAGCGUCUUAAAAGAACGUCUAGAUUAUUUGAACAAACUUGGUAGAACGGAAGAGGUGAAAAUUCUCAAUGAGAAAUUAGCUGCGUUGCUAGAGUUGUGUAGCAAUGUCGAUAGUGAAAGCGAGCGCGAGGAGAACGAUGACAUCGGUGCAGACAUUCGUUUAGAAGAGUUGUCAGACGUGGAAGAACAAUUGAUAGCGAAGGAAAACGUUAGGAGUAGAAAACGGACGAGGAAAAAGCCAGUGGCUGUGAAACGGAACGAGAAGGGUGAAACUCAGCUUCACGUGGCUUGCAUCAACGGGAAUAUAGAGGCCGCGGAGAAAUUAUUAGAAUCUGGCCACGCGACGAACGUGAGAGAUCAUUUUGGCUGGACUCCUCUUCACGAAGCCGCGAAUCACAAUCAUAUCGAGAUCGCGAAGUUACUUCUAAAGCAUGGAGCAGAUAUAGAUGAUUCUGGAAGUCUGAUGUGCCAGGGAGUUACUCCCCUUCACGACGCUGCUUCCUGCGGUAAUUUAGCCAUGAUGAAGCUCCUCAUCGAGCACGGUGCGAACGUUCAACUUAAAACGAACGAAGACGAGACCGUGCUAGAUUGUUUAGAGCAAUGGAGAGAUCGCGUUGAUUCUCUGUCUUCAGAAGAUCAAGCAGAUUACGACGAAAUGUUUAGUCUCUUGUGUGCUAUGAUCCCGAAGAGCAUUCGGAAGAACUCGAAACGGUAUUCUCAGGAAUCACCGAGUACCUCGAAGACUCAUGUAGUAGAGGAGAAUGUGGUCGCAGGGAAGAUAUCUCCAGGGGAGGAUUAUAAAAGAACUAUUGCUAACUUAAAACACAGAAGCGAUCCGAUUGGAAUGUCUGUAUCUGCUAAACGGAAUGCAAAUCCGCUUUUAGAUAGCCAGGAUGUUCUUGUGGACGACUGGCUGGAGGAUGAUAUGAGCGGAGCCGUGAACGAUAGGAGAUGUUCCGAUGAACAUACAACUUCGAUCUCGAAACGCAAGUCUAGUAGUAGUUUAGAUAUCGAGAAAAUGUCAAAGCGUCAGAAGUACAACGAUCAGGAUUCUGUACUGAUAGACAACGAACCGGAUACAGUAGAAGAAACUAGUAACGACAGUUGUAACAGCGAAAUAAUACAAGUAUCGAACGAAAGAAGAGUUGCAAAGAGGAAACAGCAAUCGUCCUUGCUAUCGAUUGGAUUUACUAAGAAUCCUGUGUCUCGAACUCCUUCGCCCAUAACUCCGUCUCCUACAGAAUUUGAAGCGAAAGAAAGCAGUAGUAUGAAAUCGAUCAUUUUAAAUGUUUCCGUGGAUGGAAAAGUGUUCAAGACGCAAGUGGAAUGCUCGAGCACGGUGAUGCCUUCGGUACAAGAUAUUAUAAAUGAUAUCCAAACAAAGUUUUACUACGAUACUGGAUGUCGAGCUAAAUUAGAAUUAAAAACGAUGGACAAUAUCGCGAUCAACCCUAAUAAUUUGUUUACGAUAUUAAACGAAGGGGAUAUCGUUAAGAAGUUAACGUGUGACAUGAUUGAAUUAGAAACUUGUUCCCUGUGCGAUCGAUAUGGAACGAUUUGUAAAAAUUAUAAUAUAGACGUCCGGGAAUGCGUGUCCAAGUGCCUGAAAUCGUGUGAGAACACAUCUAUCUUACGACUAAAGCAGGAGACUAUUAGAAGAGAGGAAUUUACAUGUUUACUGAAGGCUUUGGAGUAUCAGAAGAACAUUCAGAUAUUAGAUUUGUCUGGUGGUGAACUGAACGAAACCGGAGAGGUGUUGAACAAUUGUAUUCUACGUUUACCGGGAUUGCAGGAGUUGUGCCUUCGAGAGUGUGACAUUGAUUCCAAGUGCUUGAGCAAAUUAAAAAAGUUGCCACUUCAGUUGAAACUCUUAGACCUGAGUUACAAUCCAUUGGGAUUUGCGAGUCAAGAAAUACUGUCUAAACUUCUUAACCCCUUGACUCAACUUCGCACGCUAAAUUUACGAUACUGUCAGUUACGCGAUUUUGAGUUCUUCUCGAAUACGAAUAAUCUAGUGCACUUGGACGUUUCUUGGAACAAUUUCAACGAAGACAAACCUUUCCCGAGUUUACAGAGACAAUUGCUUCACUUAAAUUUAUCAAACACCAUCCCCAACCGCGAAUGUAGCAUAGCCAAAAGUAUUCUUAACAAAACGGAUUUUUCACCUGUUAACUUGGAAUGCCUCGAGCUCUCCUCUUGUAGGUUAUUAGACACCGAUGUCGAGCACAUAUUAUCACAAUUAACAAAUCUCUCGAAACUAGUACUUAGAGGUAAUAAAAAUGUCGGGACGAAGUCUUUGAACCUCUUGCUGGGGUACACGCCGACACUUCGAUAUAUCGAUAUCGGCGGAUGCGACGAUAUAGCCGAUCUGCCGAAUUCCGAUACAUAUAUCGAUAAUCCCGAGACCUGUACGUUAGUCGCGAGUGUUCUUCCCGAAGUGUGUGAUUGUUGGGUCCGGCUGUGGCGGAAAAAAGGUACUGUAAAAAGAUUAUCGCAUAAUUUAACUAUUUUUAAGCCUAUUCUAAGCUUUGACAGUUAACAAUAACAACUAACAAUCGAACGUACAUAGAGGUUCAUACACUGUCGACGAACCGUGCUUCAACGGUACCUUGUGAUUUUGGCGGGCUCGUUGUUUAUUAGUCUAAUGUAAAUAAUAUCAUUUUUAUUCGAAUCGGAUAAUGAACAAACUUCCGUAACGCCCAUCAGGCAGUGUAUAAUAAUUGUUUUCACUUAAGCUCUCGUCUUAACAAUUACAUUACGAACGAAGCAAAUAUAAAAAAUGAUGUAACAGAAACAGUUCAUUGAUGUGACAUAUAUAUAUGUAAAUAUAUAUACAGUAAUUACA